ACAUGUCAGGACCUGCUGCAGACGCGUUCAGGGUUCCAUCCGGGGCGAUCGGACACCUACAAAUGAACGAAUGUACGCAUAAAUAUCACCACGACAACUAGAGCGGGGAUUGGCAGGUGGAUCCGAGAACUCGGGUGUACAAUGAAUAGUAUAAAUACGACGAACCACGCAUACACAACAGGCACACAACGUAUUCAGAGUAGCAAAACAGCAACGUAGCUCGUACCGCAUGCGCGGCGAGGCGUCCACGUCCUUCAGGUCCAUUUGUCCUCGGCUCUCUAUUGUCUUCCCUUCAUUCCUCUCUAGCACCUAACACUGCCAAUCCGACAGCGUCAGCUUCGGCCUGGAAGAGGGGCACCGCCCACGCGCAGACACGCAGGCGGAAAUGCUAUUUGGUCCCCCCUCCCCCUCCUCCUUGGGCGGCUUUCUGCUCUUCCUUGAGCUUCUGCUUCUGUUUGAGAGCCUCCGCGUCUCGCUCUUUCCGGGCCUGCAGCGACGUCCCGCUCUCCUUCGGCUUGGAUUCGGCUGCUUCUUCGCCGCCUUCUCGCGUGCGAGCUCGCGCUGGUUGCCUCCUACAUCGUCGUGCGCGUACGGGCCGUUCGCGGGCGGUUCACGCGUGAUUGGAUGUUGGCAGAGAUGUGUGCGGACGCGUUACGGGGACACCGAUCGGAGAGGGAUCUUCUCAGUGAAUCGAGGUGUGUCAGGGCGCAGGGAGUGCGUGCCACUCACGAGUCAUAGCGUCGGCGGUGCAGUUGAGCUCGGAUGAAUGAAGGGGUUCGAAAGUUGCGUGGACGGAGGUGGGAAGGUGGGAAGCGAUGGCGCGGACGUGGACAGCACUGAUCUCGACGAGCGCGUUGAAGAAAGGGACGACCGCGCGGGACCGAUCAAGCUCAGCUGGAUAAUGCGCGGGUCGACGUGGCAGAGGGCUGUGGCGGUGCGCGGCGGAAUCAAACAGAAUGUAAAAGAGGGAGCGCCGGGCGAAGCGGUCCGAAGGUCAUGGAAAGCUGCCUUAUCAGGCAACAGCGCGCGAACAGAGGCUCAGCGCCAACAUCCUGCA